AUUAUCUUCCAAUAAUACCCUUCUCUCUAUUUUUAUUUUUCUCAUAAAUUAUUUUCUUUUCUUAUUUAAUUUUCUUCCCCAACAAAAACCAAACCCUAGAACACAAAAAUACCAUUUACCCAAAUCCGACAAAGGGAAAAUUCAUUUAGUUUCUUUGAGAAAAUCAAUUUUAUUUGCGAUCAACAACUUCACAAGCUGAAGCAUUGCUUCAAUUUCAAGAAAAGGUUAUUAAUUGUUGGCUAAAUCAUAGGUCAUGAGGUUUAAAAGAGGAAGUAAAGUUGAGGUGAUGAACAAGAACGAUUCGCCCGUAUCUUGGUCUCCCGCUGAGAUCCUCUCUGGUAAUGGGCAUACUUACUCUGUAAUGUAUAAUUGUUAUCCAGGUAUGGAAAGCUAUGCGAGGGUCGAGAGGGUUUCGAGGAGGGACAUCAGACCGUGUCCCCCUUCUCUAGAGGGUGUGGAGAAUGGGGAAACUGGUCAAAUAAUCGAGGUGUUCGAUAACUGUUCAUGGAAAACUGCCAGAAUUGUGAAUGUUUUGAACAGAGGCUAUUAUUUGGUACACCCAACUGGGUGUCCUCAGGAGAUUAAGGUUCACAGAUCAAACACCAGAGUGCGACAAUGUUGGCAAGAUGAAAAAUGGCACUUGAUCGGAAAGGGAUCUGGUACCUGUGCAAAACCUGACCAGCUUUCUGCUCAAAAACCUUGUAAAAAGUUGAGCCUGGUCUUAAGUGCUAGGAAUGGUUGUCAUGUUAGAGACGGAGAUUUUGCUGCUCAGGGAAACAUUAAAAGGCAGAAGUCUCAUUCUAGCUCUUUGGUGUCACUGAAAAGGGUGUCAGAUGAAUCAUCUAGAAACAUUCAGGAGGUAGUGGCAGCUGAGAGAGGUUUUAAGAGACAAAGAAUAGUUCCGGCUUCCUUAGGGGGCAAGACACAUGUUAUUGCCAAGUGCAAAGGAAAUAUGAUGGAUGAGAAGUGUGUGGGUGCUUCAUUUAACAAUUGGUCUGAUGAAUAUUACGGAUUGAAACCUACAAAAAAGAGUGGUGCCAAUGGCUAUUCCGCUGCCAGAAUUGGAGAAUCUAAUGAUUCUGAUAGUGAUGCAUGCUCAGUUGGUAGUUGUAGUAUUUAUCAUGAGAGUCCUGAUAAAAUUUCUAGCUUUUCAGCCGAAGUUCAUUAUCAUGUACCUGAUCUUCUGUGCAGUGAUGCAGAGUCUUUUCAAGGUUCAGCAGAAGCACAUGAGGAGGAAAGCUGCCGUCUUUCUUCGGAGGAUAAUGUUGCAGCAAGUAUUCAUGAGCUGGAGUUGCAUGCUUAUCGCUGCACUUUGGAGGCAUUGUAUGCUUCUGGUCCCUUGAGUUGGGAACAAGAAGCAUUACUAACAAAUCUCCGCAUCGCACUCCAUAUCUCAAAUGACGAACAUUUGACGGAGCUCAGGACUUUAAUUUCUGCUGGAACUGGUAUUCAUGGCAACAUUGGGAUGCAUGCAUCCUUUGCCUCCUAAAGUCCAAAGAUGAUGCUUGCAUUUGCAGCGCCUCUCCUGGCCAUUGAGAGGACUUAUGCAACGUCUAUCCGACAGAUAAGACAAUUCAUGGCUUGUUAUAUUACUGUUGUACAGCUUCGUGAUUUGUUUUGUCUAGUUAACUUCAACAUCUUAUCCUGGUUUUUGCCAAAGGAAGUGAAGUUAUUUAAGCUGUCAAAACUAUAGUAUAUGAUCUUAUAAUAUAUGUCUGUGUAUUGCUAGCUAUCUGAUAGAAGUUGUGCUUAUUUACAACUAGACAAUCAACUCUCUUACUGUGCAUACUGAGAAAUUGUAUGUGAUGUCAUUUAGUAGCACUGGUCAGAUAGAUAUAGAUAUCUAUUCUUCGUUGGCUAGUAUAGAGAGAGUUUACAGAAGUGAAGUUCUUGUAAACAAAAAGUGAACUGAAGGUGGUUAGAAUUAAUACCCGUAAAUGAAACUAGCAAUACUCGUCACUUAGCAGUUGUAAGACUUGUGUGAUUGAUAGCCUUUGUGCAAGCAGGGAUUAUUCCGUUAUUGACCAAAGGCUGCUGUUCAUCAUUUGAACUUAUUUGAAGAGGUUUCGGCUUGAGUUAAUGUGAUUCUUGCAUUACAUUAUCUAUGGAUUUAACUUAUACGCUGCCAAUAGAAAGAUUCUUAAUACCGUUAGUUAAUACAACAUGUUAUAGUAGGUUGGUUACCAUUUUUUACUUGGCUACCAAUUAAUCAUUAUCAUAGAGAUUUACCACCAUAUAAAUGAUCCGAGAUUAUGUAAAUACUCAUAUUAUUUACUUUGCCCGUGCAUAGAACUUAAACUCGUUAUUUAUUCUUGACUUGAGUUAUGCUGCUUUAUGGUGAAUGAGAAUACCAUGACAGUCCAGGGAGGUUGAAAGUAAUGUUUCUGUCUCUGCAUGGGACUGAAGACACAUGGUUCAUCUGGAUAAGAGAUUUUGUGGCAAGUCUACUGUUUUUAUUGUUGUUCUGGUGAUAGAACUUCCCUUUUUCUUUUUUGGCGUAUUGUUUCAUGUUGUUUGCUUCACUUGUUUGCUAUCAAGUGUUUCAGUAGCUGAUGCUGACUUCUACAUACCUCCCAUUUUCAUGGCUCAUACUUUGAGGUAAAGAGGAUGUGUAACCUGUACACUUUUCUCCUUAAAUUUAAGUCACUUGUCCAA